AUGAAUUUUUAAACAUAAAAUAAACAAGUAUGCUGUGAGUCUAUGAGAUGGACAUAAUGCAACAAAGAACAUUAUGUUUACUGUUGGGACAAGAUCAGAAAAUAACUCGAUAAAACUCAAAUCCUAAUCACUAUUGCACAGGAUGGUUAAAUCUUAUAUUUAUAGAAUGGAGUGAAAUUGAGAAAGUAAAUGAAAAAUUUAUUAUUUGUAAAAGUGAGAUUAUUUAAGAUAAUUUCAGGAGUCAGGAAAUUUACACAAAUAUGGAGCAGAUUUAAUACUUUCAUUGGUAAGGUGAGUAUGAGAAAAACUAGAGAAAAAUAGGUUAGUGGACAGCUAACUGGAAUGGAAAAGUUAUGAAAAAAGUUGGUGGGUACUUUGAUAAUGGAUUUAAACAAGGUUUAUGGGUAUAACCAAUUAAAAAUUAUUGGAGGUAAAUAUGAAGUAAGUUAUAAGAAAAUAGCCAAGCUCAGGUAUAUGAAAUUGGAGAAUAUUAUAAUGACUAAAAAAGAGGGAAAUGGAUAUAUAUAUAUAACGACUGCUUAAUGUAAUAUUCAUCAUUAAUUAUUAAGUGGUGGCGGUUUAUAUAACUAGUAGGCUUAAAAGAAAGGUAAAUGGGUAGAUUUAAGUGAAGAGUUUAAUGAUUUUUCAUAAGUAACUUAUAGUGGAGAAUAUAAAAAAGAUUAAAAAGUUGGCAGAUGGAAUAUUUUAUAUAGGAAUUAGACUACAUAAGAAUUAAAAUUGAUGUAAUAAUUUUAUUCACUUAAAUGUUUUUAGUGGUUGUGGAUUAUAUUAUGAAGGAUUUAUGGGCAUUAAAUAGGGAAGAUGGAUUGAGUAGAGUGAAGGAUUUUCGGAAUACUCUUAAGUUACUUAUAAUGGCAUCUAUAAAAACAGCAAGAAAUUUGGUAAGUGGGAUACUUAUAUGAAUUUUUUUGGAAAUCAUAUAAUGUAAAAAUAUUGAAAUUUUUAGUGGAGGCGGGUCAUACAAUAAGGAAGGUUAGAAGAUUAGAAAAUGGAAAGACUUAAGUGAAAAUUUUCAUAAUUAUUCAUAAGUUAUUAAUGUUGGUCAAUAUAAAAACGGUAAUAAAGCUGGUAGAUGGGAUAUUUUUUAUAGGAAAUAAAAACAGAAAAAAUUUAAACAAAUGUAAAUAUAUUAUCCACUUAAAUUCUUUUAGUGGUGGUGGGUUUUAUGAUGAAGGAGGUAAAGAAACCAAAUAAGGAAGAUGGAUUGAUUUAUCAGUCAAAUUUUAUUACAAUUCAGAAAUAACUUAUGAUGGUCAAUAUCAAAAAGGUAAAAAAGUUGGGAUAUGGGAUAUUUUGUCUCUUGAUCAUUUUAGUGAUCAGUUUAAAAAGAUGUAAACCUAUUAUGUAAUUAAAUGUGUGUAGUGGCGGAGGAUCAUAUGAUUAUUAAGGUGAUGGGAUUAAGAUUGGGAAGUGGAUAGAUUUAAAUUAAUUUUCAUAGUAAAUAACUUAUAGUGGUGAAUAUUAAAAAGGAAAAAAAGUUGGUAGAUGGGAUAUUUUUAUGUAGAAUUUUAAUGGAAAAGAAAUUAAACAGAUGUAAAAAUAUUAUAUACUGUAAUUUUUUUAGUGGUGGUGGAUUGUAUGACCCAGAGGGUGAUGAGAUUAAAAUUGGGAAAUGGUUUACUUUGGACGAGGCUUCAAAUUAAAUAGUUUAUCAUGGAGAAUAUUAAAAAGGUCAAAAAGUUGGUAGAUGGGAUUGCUUAUUUAGUAGGUAGGAUGAGUAAGAAUUUAAAUAAAUGUAAAAAUAUUCUAUAUGAAAAAUAUUAGUGGUGGUGGAUCGUAUGAUGAUGAAGGUUAUGGGAUUAAAAUUGGUAAAUGGAUUGAUUUAGAUGUGUUCUCAAAAUAUAUAAUAUAUAGUGGUGAGUAUUAAAAGGGGAAAAAAGUAGGCAAAUGGGAUAUAUUGUUUAGGGUGUAUUCAAGUGAUCCAUUUGAAUAAAUGUAAGACUUAUGUAUUUAGUUAUAUUCAGAGGUGGAGGAUUCUAUGAUGAAAAUGGUUAUGAAAUUAAGUAGGGUAAAUGGAUUGAAUUGCAGGAAGGAUAACAGUAUACUUCCAAAGCUACUUAUAAUGGUGAAUAUAAGAAUGGGAAAAAAGUUGGUAGAUGGGAUAUUGUGCUUGAGGGAGUAAAGAUGUAAUUAUUAUGUAAUUAAAGGCUUGUAGUGGCGGAGGAACAUAUGAUUAAGUAGGUGAUGGGAUAAAGAAUGGGAAGUGGUUUGAUUUGGAUGAGAAUUCAAAGUAUAUAACUUAUAGUGGUGAAUAUUAAAAAGGAAAAAAAGUUGGUAGAUGGGAUAUUUUGUUUAGAGAGCAUUAUAGUUAUCCAUUUUUAGAAAUGUAAGAUUUAUGCACCUAAUGGUAUUUAGAGGUGGAGGAUUAUAUGAUGACGGAGGUUAGGAGAUUAAAUUGGGUAAAUGGAUUGAGUAGAGCAAGUAAUUUUGGAUUAAUUUUUAAAUAACUUUUAAUGGAGAAUACAAAAAUGGUUAUAAGGUUGGUAUAUGGGUUGAAAUGGAUAUCAAAAUCAAGAAGAAACGUGAUGAAAUAAACUACGAUAAUUGA